GUGCUCAAUGGACUGUGAUCGGGUGCCGGCGCGACGCGCCAAGACGCCGCCGCCGCACUUUGGGCGCGGCUAUGGCAAUGUGAGCAACAUCGUGGAGAACUUCCGGCGCAUCCUGAGGAGUCGCAUGAGCAACGACGAGGCGGAGAUGCAGCAGACGAAGGAGAAGGUCGCCCACGCGGAGACCUUCAUCAAUGCCAUGGGCUCGGCCAAGACGACGAAGAAUCGCAACUCGAGUCGCUUCGGGAAGUUCUUCGAUGUGGCAUUUGACUUCAAGGGGGACGUGAUUGGUGGCCACAUCUAUCACUAUAUGCUGGAGAAGACGCGCGUGACGAGUGUGGCGGAGAACGAGAGGAACUUCAAUGUGUUCUAUCAAUUGCUGGCCGGAGCGGACAUUCAUCUGCUGAAGGCGCUGAAAUUGCAGCGCAACAUCGAGAAGUACGAAGUAUUGAGGAGCAGCAUUGCCACUGAAGAAGAUCGUCAGGCGUUCAGUCGCACGAAGCGGAGUCUCGACGUGAUUGGCUUCACGUGUGAGGAGAUCACGUCAAUCUUCCGCAUCUUGGCGGUUGUGCUGAAGUUGGGCAAUCUGAUCUUCCUGCCGACGACGAAUAUUGAUGGCACUGAAGGAUGCUCAAUAGCGAAUGAGUAUGAAGUGGUGGAGAUUUCGCAGCUGCUGGAGAUUCACGUCGACAUCCUGGUGCUCUGUCUCACGCGCACCAGCACGAGUUGGACGCAAAUUCCGGACAAUUGGGUGGAAGUGGACGCCGAGGCGGCCACGAAGAUGAAGCAGACGCUGUGCAGAACACUGUACGGACGCCUGUUCGUGUGGAUUGUGGCGCGCGUGAAUGAGGAGAUCAAGAGCACACGCCUCAAUGGGCACAAGCGACACGUGGGCAUUCUGGAUUUCUCCGGAUUUGAGGUACUGGAGCGGAAUUCGCUGGAGCAACUGGCGAUUAACUACUGCAGUGAGCGUCUUCAGCAGCACUUUCUCGUGUCUGUGCUGAAGGAGCAGCAGGAGUUGUACGUGCGUGAGGGUCUGGAGUGGACUCGCGUGGACUUCUUUGACAAUUGCGGCAUCUGUGAUUUAUUCGAUCGGCCCAAUUAUGGUAUUCUCAGUCUCCUGGAUGAGCCUCAUGUGAGCUGCGAUGACAUCUACUUGACGCGCAUCCAUCAGUGCUCGGAUGGACAUCCAAAUUUCCUCUCUGACGACCUCGCCAGCUGCCCCAACAGCUUCCAGAUUCGCCACUUUGCCGGCACUGUGAGCUACAGUGUGCAGCACUUUGUGGAGAAGAAUGCCGAUCACUUGCCGCGCAGCGUGAGUUACGGACUGUUCCAGAGCAAUUUGCCCAUUGUGCAGAGUCUCUUUCCCGAGGGAAAUCCCAAGCGCAGCACGAAGCGACCAGCGUCGGUGGCGAGCAAUCUGCGCGUGGGAAUGCACACGUUGCUGAAGACUCUGGCGCGGCGGAAGUGUCACUAUGUGUUCUGCCUGAAGCCGAAUGAUUUCGAGGAGCCGCGGCACUUUGAGAUGUCUCUGAUUCAGCACCAGGUGCGAUAUCUCAGUCUCAUGCCCGUGCUGAAUGUCUGGCGCGACGGAUACUGCUUCAGCAUGAGCCACGUGGCCUUCCUGGCGCGCUACAAGUUGCUGAACAAUCUCACGUGGCCGCACUUCGCGAGGGGAUCAGUUGUGGAGGCGAUUGCACUGAUUGUGCGCUCUCUGCCGCUGCCCACGGCCGAGUUCACCAUCUGCACGCAGAGAGUGUUCAUCCGGAGUCCCAGGACUGUGAUUGAGAUGGAGGAGUUCCGCAGGAUGCGACUGGGCGAACUGGCGACGCUCGUGCAGAAGAUAUUCCGCGGAUACAGGGACAGGAGGAGGUUUCUCAGGCUGCGCAGCAGUCAAAUCAAGAUCGCCAAGAUAUGGAGAUCAUACAGGUCAAAUUCCGAGUAUCGCGUCGUGAAGUAUCGCCGACGCGUUCACUGGGCAGUUGAGGUGAUCCAGAAGCACUAUAUUCAGUGGAAGCGUCGCCACUUCCUGCUCCUACUGCCACAUCGUCUUCCGUUGGACAGCUUGAGUCCAUUGUGCACUGAAUGGCCGCGCGUGCCGCACUUUUUGGCUGAGACGUCGCAGCUUCUGCGUAAAAUCUACCAUCGAUGGCGAUGCUACAAGUACAGGAAAAUGUUCGACCAAACGGCACGCAAUCGCAUGAGGGAGAAAGUCACUGCCAGCAUCAUUUUCAGGGAGCGCAAAGCGUGCUACAGCCGAAGUAUUGGGCGUCCUUUUAUCGGGGAUUAUGUGCGUCUGAGGCAGAAUAUUCAGUGGAAGAGGAUCUGCAUGGAGACGAAUGAUCAAUAUGUGGUGUUUGCUGAUAUCAUCAAUAAGAUCACGAGAACGAGUGGAAAGUUUGUGCCAAUUUUGCUGGUUUUAUCGACAAGUUCAAUGCUUUUGUUGGACCAAAAGACCCUCCAAGUGAAAUAUCGUGUUCCAGCCACGGAAAUUUAUCGCCUCUCCCUCUCACCAUAUCCAGACGACAUUGCUGUUUUCCACAUCAGACCCGAAAGUCCUCGAUGUCGCCAUGGAACAAUGUAUCACCACGAAGCCACGGACUCUCCCACAGGAUGUCUGUUUCAGUCGGAAAUGAGUCGGCAGAAGGGUGAUUUUGCCUUUCAAACGUGUCACGUCAUUGAAAUUGUCACGAAACUCUUUCUCGUCAUACAAAAUGCCACAGCAAAGCCACCAGAGGUUCACAUAAGUACUGAAUUCGAGGCCAAUUUCAAUCAGCAGACAGUCAUUUUUACCUUUAAGUGCGGUCGUGUACCUGAAGCAACGCCAAAAGUCAGUCGCAAAGGAAAUCGCAUGGAAAUUGUUAUUUGAAUAUCGAAGGAUUCUGUGUGUUAGAAGGGAAGUUUGGGUUUUUUGCAAUAAUCGUGCGCACAAUUAAAUUCAAUGUCUUCUUCAGCAAAAGAUUGCUCACUUUGAGUGGAUUUGGAUGGAUUGUUAGGACUCAAAAUUUCUCACUAUUUGUUCUUUUCUUAUUCCACAUAAAAUGUGCAUAAAUUUUUAGCAAUGAUAUAAUUGUGAAAUUAAAAUGUAGAACUUUUUAGGUGAAAUUCACUGAGAAAAAAUAUAGUACAAAUAGUGGAUUGAAUUGGUCAAAAAAAAAUAAACAAGAAGAAAUUAAAUGAAAGUUUGCACAAUAAAUGAGACACAAUAAGAAAGCCUUAGAGAAGCCACAAAAAGAAGAAGAAGAAAAAAAUAAGAUGGUCAUAAAAUAGUUGUUGAAUGCAGAGAAAUGUUUCAAUUAACCAAUAUAUAUAUAUAUAUAUAGUAGGAAAAGUUAAUUCAUCAAAACAUAUCUUGAGAAAAGUAUUUUUCUGAUUUGUUUUUCUUUUCUGUCCAUCACAAAACGCACUUUUGUCACAGUUUAUUUUAGUGUGUUCUAACAAAAGCAGAGAAAAUAAAGUGAAUUAUUAAAAUAUAUGGUAAUUUAGGAUAAAAUUCAAUUAAUUGAUAUUAAAUUAUAUAGAGAAAAAAAGUUAUUCAAUCGUAGAAUUUAUCACUCUUCACAAAAAUGAAAAGAAAAAAAAAUCCUCUAAUGAAGUGUUGUGUUAACAAAAUCACUGCCACUUGUUGAAAAAGUUAUUAAAAAAAAGAAAAGAAAUUGUAGCAUAUUAGAGAGAUAGAGAAAAUGUAAAAGAAGCUUUUGAGAAGGUGUUCGCCUAAUAAAUCACACCUAAAAGAAAAAAAGAAACACAGAGAAAUUGAGAGCGCGAAUCUUCAUAAAUAGUUAAAUUUCUCUCAUAACAUUUAUUCGGCUGAUAAAAUGAUCAAAGAAACACUGCAUAUAAAAUCGAAUUUAAAGGGAAAUACAAAAGGAGAAGAAGAAGAAGAUGAAAAUGGGGAGGAAAAUUGAGAUAACACUGAUGAUAAUAAAUGAAAUCAAAGAUUGUUGACUGUAAACGAGGCGUAAGAAUGCGUUGGAGUUAUGCAAAUAAAUGAAUUCCACUGAGAGAAAAGCACCGAAAUAACAAAAGACUUUUGACUAAUUUUUCUGUAUAAUUUAUUGUUAUACUUAAAAUUUUCGUCACUUUUUUUUUAUUUUUUUUCACAUAUUCCUUCCAUACAUCACUAAUUUUAAAAUUAAUAUAGGGUUUUUUUAGUGGAUUUUCUUUUCGUCACUUCUUACAUAUCUCUUGUUUCUCCCUUUUUCUCCCUCUCAAAAUGUCUCUAUAUUCUUGCUCUUCGUCACUGUCGUCUGCUUUUCCCUUCUUUCCUUUUCUCUUGUUUUUAAUAAUAAUAAUUAAUAAUAAUUCAUGCACCUACUUAAUAUUGUUUUCUGUUUUUCCUCCUUCUCUCUUUCUCGGGAAAUUAAUAUGAAAAUUACAUAAUGUUUCAUGACAAAACUUCACAAAUUCUUGUUUCCAUUUUUUUACUCUACAUUUUUUUUCUCUGUUCCAUUUCUUCAUGAGGGGGUGGAAGAUUAUUAAAAAAAAAAACAGUUGAGAGUGAAUCUGAAAUAUGACAAAAAUGACUAAAUUAAAAAUCUAAGAAGUAAAAACAGUCACACAAUAAUCUCAAUUUGUACGUAUUUUCCUUUCAUAUGAAUGAUUUUCUCUCGUUAUUUGCAUUUUAUGUUUUCAUUUUGGGGGAAUUUUUGUACAAAAUUCUUACAUAUUUCCACUAUUUCUGUUCUUUUUCCUUCUCUCUUUUUCUAGCUGUACAAAUUGAAAUUAAUGCAGUGGAAAAUUUAACUACAUUUUAUUCUCCACAUUAUUUUUUUUACAAAUUGAAUACAAAAUAAGCACUUUUUGUAAAUUUUUAAUAAUUGGUAAGGGGAGGAAAAAUAAAAAAAAAGAUUUUUGUGCGAAAAUUCAUAAUUUUCCUGUUUCUAUUUAUUUACUUUUUUUGUAUGACUCUUAAAACUUAUACUUUUAAUGCUCAUUUCGUGUGUUUUUUUUGUGUAUUUCUUUAAUGUGUUCAAUGUGAUGAAAUAUUUUCAAUGCGCUUGUUGUUUUUUGAUCAUAAAAUUGAUGGUAUUAUUUAUAAUUAUUUAUUCUUUUUCACAAUAAAAAUUACACAUUUUCCUUCACGUCUUCUUCUACACUUGGCUUCGCUUUGUCACCAUUAUAUAAUCAAUAAAAUUAUCCUCUUUAUCUACUAAAAUGUGUAUAAAAUGAUUUUCUCUCUCUCUUUUACCUUUAAUAAGCUUUGAUGAUAUAUAUUAUUAUUUACUUUAAAAGAAAAAUUGAAAAAUUGGGGAGGAGGACAAAUAAUAUUUAGAAAUGAAUCUAAAUUAACGAUUGUCACACAUUUUCUUCCUGUUCUUUUUUUCUUGAAAUUCUUCUUCGGGUUUACAAAGUCAGUUGAAUGUGAUUUAAAGUUAAAGAAUGAAUGAUUUUUUUUUUUAAAUAUUUAUAUCGCUUUGUUGCUGCUUUUUUCUUUAAAUCUUUGACUACAUUUAGUUUUCUCCAUUAAACUCUUAUUCCAUUGUUUUAUUAAUGCACUUUAAUUGUCACUUUUACAGAGUGUUUGAAAUGAAGAGUUGUGUUAAGUUUUUUCAUUUUCUUUCUUUUCGUUUUAAAAUUUGUCAAAAUUACUCAAAGAUUCACUUUUUAAAGCUUUUUGUUGAUUUUUUUCUCUCAUCCUUAACAUAUUCUCUUGUUCGUUUCACUUAUUAUUUUUAUUCUCAUUUUACGUCAAUAAAGUGCAUUUUUGCUCAAUUUCUUUUUUUUUACUAAUUUUUUUAUCUUUGCAUUUAUUACACGAAAAUAAAGGGGAAAUCAAUCAUUAUGUUUAUCAACAAUUAAUAGCUCUUUAAUACACUUCUUUGUAUAAUUUCACAUUUUUUUUUCUUCCAUUUAAAUUUACUUUCCGAGGAGACAAUCGCAAAUUUAUAUAUUUACUUUAAAAAUCUUAUCCAUUUAAUUGCACACCCUAAUAAAAACUAAUAUAUUUUUUCUCACAAUUAAAAUUAUAUCAAUUUUCUUACUCAUGAAUUUACUUACAAGAGAAAAAAAAAUUCUUCCUGGGUUUUGUCAAAGGACAAAAAUCCUUUUCUUUUCAUAUAAUGUAAAAAGAAUUAAACUUAGAAAAAAAAUUCAUCCCACAUAGAAAUUAGAAAAUUAUCUAAAGUAGCUUACAAAAAAAAAAGAAUCUCAAUACAAUAUAUAUAAAAAGAAAAUCUGUGGCUUUUUUUUAUCUGUGUGGAAAAGAAGAAAGAUAAAAUGUAGAAAAAAGAUUGCAAAAAAAAAACAGUCAAAAAGUUCUUAGAGGAAUUCUACUUUUUGGGUUGUUUUUCUCCUUUUUCUCACUUCUUGCAUUGUUAAAAUGUUGUGUGCAAUUUGACAUUCGCUGAUGCUAUUAAUGCUUUUCAGUUUCCUUAUAUAUCAAUGUUAUGAGUUUUUAGAAUUUGUUGCUUCAUUAAGAGGUUUGGUUUUGCUCGAAAAAAGAAAAUACAAAAAAGAAGAAGAAAA